GGUGGUGAAAAAGGCUUUUAUUUGCACUAAAAGGAAGAUGUAUGAUGAGGAUAUAAUAAUUGGAGAUGCUGGAGGUUUUGCAACUGUGAUUGUUAUGAAGAGUGACAAGUUCAUUGCUGCAAACUUUGGAAAAUACAAGGCUGUGGUGGUUUGUAGGAAUGGUAUGGCUUCACAGAUUGGUUGGACUUAUCAGAUUAUAGAGAGAGGUUGGUGGCCAAUUUCAGAAUUGUUGCACUUGAGAUGUUCUGUUGGGGAAGGAGAUGAAAGGAUUGGUAGAAGCUCUAGACUUGUUGUCACUGCCCAGAAGGUUGAACAUAAUACUAGCUUGGUGAUCUUGGCCAGUCAGGGUGUUUGGGAGGUGAUGAGAAUUCAGGAAGCUGCAGACCUGAUAAGUCACAUAGAGGAUGCUGAAACAGCAGCAGAGUGUUUAGCUGAGGAGGCAAUUAACAGAAUGAGCAAAUCCACAAUAUCAUGUAUUGUAAUUCGUUUCCAUUGA